UGUCCGCGCUUGCAAUGAAUGUAUGAUGCAUAAAGACAGAAAGGGACACUAAGGAGAAGCUAGAGGGCAAAACUCGACGUUGUGAAAACCUGGAACAAGGAAGUGGAAGUAGCUAGAAGGAGUGAUUUUUACUACAUAUGCGACCUGGACAUUUUGUACUGUCUGCGAUUAACCGUGUCCCAUUCGAUGUGCGUUCAUUCAGACAAAACCUCACCAGUGACAGGUUUCUGAAUGAAGGACGUGUUAUGUAAUUUUAAAUCAUCAUAAGGUCGUCUGGGAAGCUACGCAAACAGUAUCCAGAAACAGUGAAUAUGGAUUUUGUCCUCAGCGGUGUGGCUGCCUGUGGGGCUUGUCUCUUUACGAACCCACUUGAGGUAGUGAAGACUCGGAUGCAAUUGCAAGGAGAGCUUAAAAGCCGUGGCUCCUACCAGGUGUAUUACCGCAACGUGUUCCAUGCCUUCUAUACUAUUGGAAAAGUGGACGGACUCACUGGGUUACAAAAGGGGUUAGUCCCGGGACUAUUAUAUCAGUUCUUUAUGAACGGUGUCCGACUCGGUUCUUAUGCCAUAAUCGAGAGCGCCGGGUACAUCCACACGAACGGCAGAGUCAGCACAGUCAAGAGCACGGUGGCCGGGGCAGUCGCUGGGGUAGUGGGAGCCGUAAUGGGCAGUCCGAUAUAUUUGGUAAAGACACACCUUCAGAGUCAGUCCACCUCUUCCAUUGCAGUUGGACACCAGUACAAACACAGAGGGAUGUUUCAUGCUUUGGCAGCCAUUCACAAGGAGCACGGAAUUCUAGGACUGUGGAGGGGCUCAAGUGCAGCUGUGCCCCGGGUCAGUGUUGGGUCAGCUGCCCAGCUUUCCACGUUCUCUGCUUGCAAAGAACUCAUCACUGACUUGCAGGUGUUUUCAGAGGACAGCUGGCUGGUUGCUCUGAGUGCGGGGAUGAUAAGCAGCGUGGUGGUGGUGCUGGCCAUGACACCUUUUGAUGUUGUCAGUACGCGCCUCUACAAUCAGCCUGUUGAUGACCUGGGCAAGGGGAAGCUGUAUCGAGGUUUUUCAGACUGUUUCUCCAAGACCUUGAAGAAAGAGGGGUUGUUCGGUCUGUAUAAGGGCCUGGGGGCCUCCUACUUUCGGCUGGGCCCUCACACUAUUCUUUCCUUGCUUUUCUGGAAUGAAUUACGCAAGUUCUACCAGCUCUACAGUUAGCAAAGGCAGGCACCAGCGGCAGCCAAUAAAGCCCCAUAAUCACAGGUUAAUUUACUUCCUAUCUAAUCAAUUAAAACCUGAGGUGAGGUUAAAAAGGAGAUACCAUCACUAAGGACUGGAUGUCCAUUCAUCCUACAAAAAAAGUCACUGGCAAAUCUAACUAAAUAGUGCGAUUACAUGAGACCAAUUCUGGGCAGACUAGGCAGUAACUGUACAGUAGGUGAUUCAGAAAAGGUGAGAGAGCCUUUCAGUGGGGACCAAAGUGUACAAUAGGAAUGGUUUCCCACAACUUAUACCUCAUGUGCCAUAAUAAGAAAUGCACUCCUCUAGCCAUCUUAAAACAUUAGCUACAAUAUGGUUGAUUUUGUAUGGAGUUAAGAUGCAGGUGAAAUUUGCCCCUUUUUAAAUUGGAGUUUGAAGUCGGAGGAACAUUUCAUUAUCUUAUUUGUGUUAUUUAUGUGAACGCUCUUCAUCUGACAGUAUUCCACGAGAUGGUGCAAUGAUGGAUGCAUACAUGUACUUUACUAUGUGCAGUCCAAUGAAUCACUAAAAUAUUUUAAACUUUUUUGCUUACUGAAUUACAUCUCAAUUGUCAGUUGAGUGGGUUGAGGAAAUUCUGCAUAAUUGCAAGUGAUAACAGAAAAUGGGUCAUUUUGGAGGAGGGUGGUUUAAAACUACAAUUAACACUAAUUCAAGCAGAGCAGUCUAAGGUGACACUAACCUCCAGGUUCAAGCUGUGACCUCAGCAGUCAUUUAAAGUAAUCAUUACCAAGUCAUAAUUGUAUAACCUAGCCUUUUUAUUCACCAUCAUUCCUUUACUGUUUUUUCCUACAACUUUUCAGAAAGUGAGUGCCAUAAGUUAAAUCCAGGAAAGGCUUUGAUUGAACUGUGCUUUCAGACAGCUGUAAUGUUCAGCUGUGAAUCCACUGAAAUAGGUUUAAUAUUGAACUAAAUGAGUCACUGAACUACUCAAAUGAGGGCAGUGACUUUCAGUAAAUAUUUUACUGUACCUUCACACCAGUUGCCUUACCCCCAAAUGAUUCACACAAUAUAUGCUUCAAUAUAUGUUUCAAUUUACACACAUUUCAUAA